GCCAGUGACUUUCCACGUCCCCCAACUACUGGUCCACCGCCCACUCCCUUGCAGGCCCGAAGCUUCUUCCCCUUGGGAAGCCUCCUCCGUAGCUGUUGUGCCUCCGAACCAGCACUUCCGACCGAGGAACCAACAGAACCAUGGCAACUCCGUCUGCUGCCUUUGAGGCCCUUAUGAAUGGAGUAACAAGUUGGGAUAUCCCUGAAGAUUCCGUUCCAUGUGAACUGCUUCUUAUUGGAGAGGCUUCUUUUCCUAUAAUGGUGAAUGAUGUAGGCCAGGUUCUCAUUGCUGCCUCUUCCUAUGGCAGAGGUCGCAUGGUGGUGGUAUCUCAUGAGGACUUCUUGGUGGAAAGCCAGCUCUUUAUCUUUCUUGUCAAUGCUGUUGGAUGGCUUCGUUCCUCUUAUGAGUCAACCAUUGGUGUGCACUCAUCUUUAGCACCAUUGGUGAAUAUCCUCGAGAGCUGUGGAAUAGAGUCAAAGAUUGAACCAGAAGUGAAUGACUCUCUGGGGGUUUACUGCAUCGAUGCCUACAAUGAAACCAUGACGGAUAAGCUACUCCAGUUUGUGAAACGUGGCGGGGGCUUGCUCAUAGGAGGCCAAGCCUGGGAUUGGGAUAACCCGGGUGAAGAUGAUAGAGUACUGUUCUCCUUUCCUGGGAAUCUGGUGACCAGUGUGGCUGGUGUGUACUUCACUGACAACAAAGCAGACACGAAUUGCUAUAAAGUCUCCAAGAAAAUGCCUAAGAUACCCAUCUUAGUUCGUUGUGAAGAUGACCUCUCAGAAGACAGAGAUGAGCUUCUACACGGCAUCUCAAACCUGGAUAUCACCAACUCGGACUGCUUCCCAUCCCAGCUACUAGUGCAUGGGUCUUUGGCUUUUCCUUUGGGGCUAGAUACCCACCAUGGCUGUGUGAUAGCUGCUGCCCGCUAUGGGCGGGGUCGGGUGGUUGUAACUGGUCAUAAGGUAUUAUUCACUGUGGGUAAACUCGGCCCCUUUCUGCUCAAUGCUGUCCGCUGGCUAGAUGGCGGCCGCAGAGGCAAGAUUGUGGUACAGACCGAGCUGAGAACACUAAGUGGUCUGCUUGCAGUAGGGGGUAUAGACACCAGCAUUGAGCCCCAACUGACCAGUGAUGCAAGUGUCUAUUGCUUCGAACCCACAAGUGAUGUGGGAGUUAAGGAACUACAGGAGUUUGUAGCUGAGGGUGGUGGGCUGUUUGUUGGAACCCAAGCCUGGUGGUGGGCUUUUAAGAACCCAGGAGUGUCCCCACUGGCUAGAUUCCCAGGAAACCUGCUCCUCAAUGCCUUUGGUAUCAGCAUCACAAGCCAAAGCCUCAAUCCAGGACCUUUCCAUAUCCCUAGAGCAGGAACAAGGACCUAUCACUUCCGAUCUACCCUGGCAGAGUUCCAGGUGAUAAUGGGCAGGAAAAGAGGAAAUGUGGAGAAAGGCUGGCUAGCCAAGCUGGGCCCAGACGGGGCAACUUUCCUGCAGAUUCCUGCAGAGGAGAUCCCUGCUUACAUGUCCGUGCACAGACUCCUGCGGAAGCUGCUGAGUCGCUACCGGCUUCCAGUGGCAACCAGAGAGAACCCGGUCAUCAAUGACUGUUGUCGGGGGGCCAUGCUUUCCCUGGCCACAGGUCUGGCCCAUUCUGGAAGUGACCUCUCACUGCUAAUCCCAGAAAUUGAAGAUGUGUACAGCAGCUGCUACCUACGCCCCUCAGAGUCUCCCAUCACCGUGGAUGUCAACUGCACCAAUCCAGGCACCCGAUACUGCUGGAUGAGCACUGGACUCUACAUACCUGGAAGGCAAGUCAUAGAUGUCUCCUUGCCUGAAGAUGCUGCCUCUGCUGAUCUGAAGAUACAAAUUGGCUGUCACACUGAUGACCUGACCAGGGCCAGCAAGCUCUUCCGAGGCCCCCUUGUGAUUAACCGGUGUUGCUUGGAUAAACCCAUGAAAUCAAUCACCUGCCUCUGGGGUGGUCUCCUCUAUAUCAUUGUGCCUCAGAAUAGCAAACUGGGUACUGUGCCCCUCACAGUGAAGGGAGCCGUUCGUGCUCCAUUCUACAAGCUAGGGGAGACAUCCAAGGAAGAGUGGAAGAGGCAUCUCCUGGAAUAUCCAGGUCCGUGGGGAGAACUGGCCACUGACAACCUCAUCUUGACUGUGCCUGCUGCAAAUCUUCGAACUCUGGAGAACCCUGAGCCACUGCUCCGCCUCUGGGAUGAGGUGAUGCAGGCUGUGGCUAAGUUGGGAGGCGAGCCCUUCCCUUUGCGGCUGCCACAGAGGAUAGUGGCUGAUGUUCAGAUCUCAGUAGGCUGGAUGCAUGCAGGGUACCCCAUCAUGUGCCAUCUGGAGUCAGUGCAGGAGCUCAUCAGUGAGAAGCUCAUCCGGACCAAGGGACUGUGGGGUCCUGUGCAUGAGCUGGGCCGCAACCAGCAGAGGCAGGAGUGGGAGUUCCCCCCACAUACUACGGAAGCCACAUGCAACCUGUGGUGUGUUUAUGUGCAUGAAACAGUUCUGGGCAUACCUCGAAGCCGUGCCAACAUUGCGCUAUGGCCCCCUGUUCGGGAGAAGAGAGUCCGAAUGUAUUUAAGCAAGGGACCCAAUGUGAAAAACUGGAAUGCCUGGACUGCGUUGGAAACGUACCUACAGCUUCAAGAGGCCUUUGGGUGGGAGCCAUUUAUUCGUCUCUUCACUGAGUACAGAAACCAGACAACGAACUCGCCCACAGACAACGUCAACAAAAUGAAUCUCUGGGUCAAGAUGUUCUCCCAGCAAGUGCAGAAGAAUCUGGCUCCGUUCUUUGAGGCCUGGGCCUGGCCUAUCCAGAAAGAAGUGGCUACAAGCUUAGCCUAUCUGCCUGAAUGGAAAGAAAAUAUAAUGAAAUUGUAUCUUCUCACACAGUUGUAAGGAGUGCCCAUCGAGGUGGCGGGUAGAGAGGUUUGGGAGGCCUCACUGAAACUGAAGUCCAAGAAUACAGUCCAGGAAAACUGAGACCUCUCAGCAAAGGAAACUAAAAGCAUUUGGUUGGAGAAGAUCUCAACAAAUUUCUGGAAGAGAGAAAGUAAAUGAAGAGAAAUAAUGAGUGAGAAACAUGGCCGCCCAUUUCAGACAGAAUACACUGAUCCAAACACUGGAACCCCAAAGAGACUUGAGCACUUCUAGCUACUAAAUAAUUGUACCAGUUGUAAAUUAACCCCCGUUCUACUCAGCCCUAACUCUUGUACAUAGAACACAGAAAACCUACCAUUGAUACUAGUGAAACUGUUAUUGUUAUUGUUGUUUGAAUAAAGAAAUCAAAUAAACCACCUGAGGAGAGGUAAAGAAUUAGUGCUCCAAAUGAUACUCUUUUCCUGGAAAAAUGUGCCCCACUAGCCUGUCAGGUAAUUUUCUUCUCAGAGUUGGGACUCUUACUCACAUACCUAAAGCUUCUAGGCAUAGCAGAGAUUUGCUGGACAAACAGGAGUCAUUUAACAGAUGAUAGUUAACAGAGGUUCUCAAUGUGGAUUUUCUGAUACAAAUAUUCAUACAUAGAAGGGACCAAGGACGAAGCAUAUGGGAAAUAAACACUUAGACAUAAAAGGGUUGAAAAAAUAUAAACUAAAAGAAACACAAUUUAUACAGAAAAAAAACUGUAAGAUUCUGACCCUCUCUCCAGAGAGACUUGAGAUGCAUUUGUUAAAAAUAUAUACUAAGAGAAAAUCCUGAACAUUUUAAGAGCAAAACUAGACUGACAUAAAUAUUCAGCAGAUAGGCUGGAAAACAAAAUAGAAAGAAUCCUCCCAGAGGCGCAACAACAAACAAUAGGAAAGAAGGAAAGGGGAACAGACAACCACUGUUUAACUGUUAGGAGUUUCCAGAAGACAGGACAGAGAGAAUGUGGACAAUAAAACAAUAAGAAACAGUUGAGGAGCACCAGUUUGAGGGGACCAGUACUGACCACAUCUAGGCACAGUCCUAAAUAAAAUUGGAACAAUAGGGUUAGAAGGAACAUGUUGGAAGUGCCCAGGGAAGGAAAACCAACUGAAGUAAAUCUUAGAAUAGUCUGGCAACUUCAGUAGCAGUCCUGAAUGCUAGAAGUCAAGGAACCAAUGGUUGACUUUUGAAAACUUUUGUUCCCAGAACUCCAUAUAGUACAGAAUGUAAAGAGUAAUGCAAAAAGAAAAACGUUUUUGGGCAAGUGAGUCUUUAGAAACUCUCCCUCCUUCCUUUGUACCCUUAUUCAGAAGUUUUCCAUUUAAAAGAAAAUAUAUAUAUGUGUGUGUGUGUAUACAUGUGUGUGUGUGUGUGUGUGUGUGUGUGUAAGUCCAAAGAAUAAGAGGAAAGAAGAGAGCACUACUCUGAGCUUUGUGAAGAAUGUGCCAGAGUAGCCCUGAGAAAAUGGGACAUUUGGAGAUAAUGGAAGGCAUAGAGCCUUUAAUCACAAAUAUUAAACAAAUGUCAAGAAAUUGUGGCUGAACCAUGAAGGAAAAUAGAAUGGGAUAGGAUGUCAAACUCUCAUGAAGUAUGAGAAAAGACUUGACUGGGCACUGGUGGUAGGUAUGUUUCCUUUCCCUUAUACGGGCAUCAUGGCAUUGGGAGUGUAGAGAAAAUAAAUUUCUUCCACUUGGCUUGAUAAAAGUAUUUUAAUAUGCCAAGUAAUAUAGAUGCCACUUAUGGAUGGUCAAAGUUUUGAUUAGCUUAUUAACAAAGCCUAAAAGAUUUAAUGUUACACCCAGAACAGAGCUGGAAAGGGAUGUUGACCAGAUGAUGCAGAAAACGAAGGCUGAGUUAGUUGAGAGAAGAGAAGUAGAAGAAAAAUGGGGCUACUUAAAUAUUCAAAGUGGGGAUGAAAAGAUGCUGCCUUCAGAUAAUGGAACACAGUUGCAUGGUUAGUUUGCUGGUCCAUGCUAUAAAUCAGACCCUCAAAAGAAUGUCUACCAAGCAUUUGGACAAGGGUAGGCAGGGGAAAGGUGAAGGUGGUGUAUGUUAUAUCCUUAUCUUUUGUAAUGGUGAAAGAUUAAAAAUUGUCUAAAGUUAAUAAGUCAAGAAAUUAUUGUUCAAACAUGUUGUUUAAAAGUAGGAAGUUAGCCACCAGAAGAUCCAAAAAUAGAUGUUAUUAAAAGCAUCUAGGAAAUGAGACUAGAGAAAGAGGGUGGGUGGGAAACCAUUUUUAUUUCAAGUUCCUCUGUACUAUUUAAAUUUUUUUACCUUGUGCAUGUAUUAUUUGGGAAAGUUUUUAAUAAACUCAAAUAAAACAUCCUUCAAAGGCUUCA